AUGGUCGGACCGCCACCGCUUCAUGGACUUAGGGUCCUCGAGUUCGCUGGUCUUGCUCCAGGUCCCUUUGCUGGUCUCCUUCUCUCGGAUGCUGGAGCCAGCGUGUUGCGUAUCGACCGUGCCAUUCCGGGCAAAACCCAUACUCGCGGCAUUGAAGCACCACCAACUGAGGACAGGCUAGUCAGAAAUAAAUCAUCAAUAGCGGUUGAUUUAAAGUCUCCCGACGGGGUCACACUGAUCAAAGAGCUAACAAAAGCCGCCGAUAUCAUCAUUGACCCGUUCCGGCCGGGGGUGCUAGAAAAGCUUGGGUUGGGGCCUGAUGUGCUUUCUACCAUAAACCCUAGAAUCAUCUAUGGGCGCAUAACGGGCUUCCGCCGCGAUGGUAAAUAUGCGGCCAUGGCCGGUCACGACAUCAAUUAUCUCGCUGUAUCUGGUGUGCUUUCGUUGCUUGGUCGAGACGGCUCAAAGCCGCAUCCUCCUAUGAACAUACUGGCUGAUUUUGCUGGUGGCGGUGCAACCCUCUUUCAGGGGAUCUUACUCGCCGUGAUCACGCGGCAGUCAACAGGGAAAGGUCAAGUUGUAGAGGCGAAUAUGGUUGAUGGGGUUUCGUACCUGGCCACAUUUCCACGUCAAGCGCUGAAGACGCCAAUGGGAAAUGCAAGCCGGGGAAAAAAUGUACUCGAUGGCGGUUGUCCGUAUUAUGAUACCUACGAGACAAAAGAUGCGAAGUAUAUGGCUGUCGGAGCACUUGAACCGCAAUUCUUCGCCGUGCUCAUCGAGCGGCUAGGUCUUGACAAAGGGUGGAAUAACCAUCGUUACGAUCGCAAUAACUGGCCGGAGAUGAAGCAGCAGUUCGAAGCUGCCUUCAAGUCCAGGACGAGAACAGAGUGGGAGGCAGUUUUUGACGGCACCGAUGCCUGCUGUACACCUGUACUCGAAUAUGCAGAGCUAGAAGAGCAUCUGGGUCGUGAAGGCGACCAAAGACCGCCAGUAGGGCUUAGAGAUACGCCAAUGUUAGCUGUGAAUGAAAAAGCAACGAACCCGGCCGUGCAUGGCCAAGGCAGAGGUUUCGCGGGCAGUGGAUAUGAAGGACAGGGAAUGAGGCCAGGCCAAGGAGGCGAGGGUAUUCUAGAAGAAUGGGCUGGUUGGGUGAAAGGGAGAGAUUUCGAAGUUGAGAAGGGUGGGCUAGUGCUGAUAAGCAGAUCGAAGCUAUAA